UAUUGAGAGGCUGUGUUGCGAGCCGUGUCACUUCAUUCUAGCUGUUUUAACAUAUUUAUCCAUUACACACACUCAGAACUGCACAAUGUCCAUGGAUAUAACGUUUCUCGGGACCGGCUCAGCGUACCCGUCUCCCAAUCGCGGCGCUUCAGCUCUUGUUUUAAGAACUGAAGGCGAAAACUGGUUGUUUGAUUGUGGAGAGGGAACACAGACUCAGUUCAUGAAGAGUCAACUCAAAGCGGGCAAAAUCAGCAAGAUUUUCAUCUCUCAUCUCCAUGGUGACCAUCUCUUUGGUCUUCCUGGUUUACUGUGCACCAUCAGCCUGAGCUGUACCCCCCAACCGGAUCAGCCUCCGCCCUGCGUGGAAAUCUACGGCCCGCAGGGAUUACGGCACUUCCUACGCGUGGCAUUAGAGCUGUCCAGCUCUCAGCUGAUGUUCUCGUAUGCCGUCCAUGAACUGGAGACGUCAUGUGACCAGUGCCCUGCAGAGGGGCAUCUCAGUCCUACUCAGACCACCAGCAGCGAUGCUCUUCAUCCGCAGGAGCAGCCUGGCAGAAGCAUACACCUGGACCCUGACACUGACUGUUACAGCCUCAUUGAAGACAAACAGUUUGUGGUAAAAGCGUUCAGGUUGUACCACAGAGUUCCAUCAUUCGGGUUCUCCAUGGAAGAGAGAGAACGUCCAGGACGACUCAACACAGACCUGUUAAAAAAACUAGGUUUGAAGCCGGGUCCACUUUUUGGCCGUCUGAAAAAUGGGCAAUCUGUGACACUUGAGAGUGGCCGUAUAUUGACCUCCAGCGAGGUGCUGGAGCCGCCACUGAAGGGCCGUAAAGUGUGUGUGUUUGGGGACUGCAGCACAGUGCUAGGGGAGGGGUUUAAAAGGGCGUGUCAGGGGGCGGACGUGCUGGUGCAUGAGGCCACUCUGGAGGACGGGCAGAGCGAGAAGGCAAUCGAACAUGGACACAGCACUCCCAGUAUGGCCGCUGCGGUGGCGCUCGCCUGCGAGGCACGCAUGCUGGUGCUGUAUCACUUCAGUCAACGCUACAAACCCGAAACUCUGCGACGUGAUGGGGAAGACGACGUUACGGAGCUCAAGAGACAGGCUGAACUUGUGCUGCAAGGAUCGGGCACAGAGGUCAUUCUCGCUGAAGACUUUCUCACACUGCCUGUUGCGCUCAAGAAGAAUUAGUCAUAGGUACUUGUUACACAUGUGUAUGAAAAUGUUUUAUUGUUAAAGGGAUAGUUCACCCAAAAUUCAAAUUCUCUCAACAUUUACAUUCAAUCCCAGAUGUGUAUUAGUUUCUUCCUUCUGCAGAACACAAAUUAAGAUUUUUAGAAGAAUAUCUCAGCUCUGUAGGUCCUCACAAUGCAAGUAAAUGGUAACCAACAUUUUGAAGCUUCAAAAAGCACAUAAAAGCAGCAUGAAAGUAAUUCAUACGACUUCAGUGAUUUUAUUCAUGUCUUAAGAAGCAAUCUAAUCGAUUUUGGGUGAGAAUAGACCAAAUUGUUACAAAUUUUUGUUUUGGUCACCAUUCACUAGCAUUGUAUAGACCUAUAGAACUGAGAUAUUCUUCCAAAAAUAUUAAUUUGUGUUGUGCAGAUGAAAGAAAGUUGUACGCAUCUGAACUAUUUCUUGAAACCAAUUCUGUCUUUCUUGGAACAUAAAAGGAGCCUCAGUUACCAUUCAAUUUCAUUAUAUGGAAAAAAGGUGCAAUAAAGGUGAAUGGUGACUGAGGUGACUUGAGUCAUUGUGCCUAAAAUCUCCUUUUGUGUUCCAUGGAAGAAAGUAAGUAAUUAUGGGUUUGGAAUUGGAUUUUCAUUGUUUUAAGAUCUUUCAAAUCUAUCCCUUUAAACACUCAUGGCCAUAUUUCAAUACUAGGAAUUUUUUAAAAAAUAAAUAAAGUUUUAUUCAAGAUUGAAUUUUGGAGUGCAAAUUAAUGCUUGUAAACUCAAAGUGCUUACAGACUGGUGCGAAAUGUGUGAGCCUGUAA